AAUAAUAAUCAGUAAUUAAUUUUACUUACAGGCAGUGUCUCUUGUUAAGUGCUGUUAAUAUGGUGGACUUCUUGGAUUUGGAUUUCUGUUUUCUGUAGAGUUUCCAGUCUCUCUCAGCUCCUCCUGAAUCUACAAAUGUAAAUGACGAUCCCUUCAGUUCUCUCUCCUCUUUUGAUGUUGUGAGAGAAUCUGUCCGUCAGCUGAGAGAAAAACUGGAGGAUUUCUGCAAAGAGGAGCUGAUGAUGAUCUCUGACAGAGUCACUUUCACCAACAUUGUUCCCAGAACCAGGAACGACUUCCUACAAUAUUCCCAUCAGCUCAAUCUGGAUCUGAACACAGUGAAUAAACGCCUCCGUCUGUCAGAGAAGAACAGAGUGAUUACUUACACUGAAGCAGCACAGUCGUAUCCUGAUCAUCCAGACAGAUUUGAUCAGUGGCCUCAGGUGUUGUGUAGAGAGAGUGUGUGUGGACGCUGUUACUGGGAGAUUGAGAGGAGUGGAUGUGUGUGUAUAUCAGUGUCAUAUAAGAGCAUCAGCAGGAAGGGUGAGCGUAAAGAGUAUUUGUUUGGGUGUAAUCAUCAGUCCUGGAGUUUGAUCUGCUCUUCCUCCAGUUACUCAUUCUGGCACAAUUACAUAGAGACGAAACUCACUGUAAACUCCAUCAGCAGUAGAAUAGGAGUGUAUGUGGAUCACAGUGGAGGAACUCUGUCCUUCUACAGCGUCUCUGGAGACACAAUGAGCCUCAUCCACACAGUCCAGACCACAUUCACUCAACCGCUCUAUCCUGGGUUUUAUGUUGAUUAUGGAUCAGUGAAACUGUGUUGAUGAAUCAGAAUAGAUUCUACCCAUAAUGCUUUGAGCUCAUGAUGAAUCAGUAACAAUGAGAUGUUGUAGAGUCUCUUAUUUUCUCUUCAUUACAUUAAUACUACAGCUAAACUUCUGUCAGUGAAAUAACAUGUUAGAAUAAAUGUGUGUACUCUUGAUCAGUGAAAAUAUGAGCACAAUUAUUCUAAUCGAAUCCAGUUUACUUUAAAGGAACACUCCACUUUUUUUUUUAAAAUAGGCUCAUUUUCCAACUCCCCUAGAGUUAAACAGUUGAGUUUUACCAUUUUUGAAUCCUUUCAACCGAUCUCCGGCUCUGGCGGUACCACUUUUAGCAUAGUUCAUUGAAUCUGUUUAGACCGUUAGCAUCUCACUCAAAAAUGACCAAAGAGUUUCGAUAUUUUUCCUAUUUAAAACUUGAUUCUUCUGUAGUUACAUCGUGUAACUAAUAUAAAUAAAAAGUGCUACUAUUACUGGGUCAAGUGUUGACGAAAAAGAUAUGUCACCGUUUUCUGAAAAUGGCUAAGGACUCAGCUGCUCGGAUAGAGCGUGGCAGGUCAUUCCACCAGCCAGGAACAGACCCAGAAAAGGUCGGUGAGAGUGAUUUUGUGACCCUUUGGGAUGGCACCACAAGGCGCCGUUCACUUGCAGAACGCAAGCUUCUGGAAGGCGCAUAAGUCUGAAGUAGUGAGUUCAGGUAUAGUGGUGCAGAGCCAGUGGUAGGG